UGCGGCGUCUACUCUUUAUUACGUCGUUGUCGUAAACAUGGUACUUCCUCCUUGUGCAUUUCAAAGUCAAGAUGGCGUCGCACAGUGCGGUUCUCUCUAUGUCCAGGUUAUUGUCGCCCUUUCGAGGCGGACUCCUUGGAAACCCGACUAAAGUAUUUGGAACUACUCUGACAAGUCACAGGAAUAAAACUCUGCUCACAGGAGACAACAUUCCACCUCCUGCAAAAUAUGGAGGCAGACACACUGUUACCCUGAUACCUGGAGAUGGAAUUGGCCCAGAGCUGUUGAAUCAUGUCAGAGAGGUCUUCAGAUUCAGCUGUGUACCAGUGGACUUUGAGGUGGUUCAUGUCAACUCUGCGUUGGAAACUGAUAGUGACAUGGAUAAUGCCAUUACUGCCAUUCGCCGAAAUGGGGUUGCCUUGAAAGGCAACAUAGAAACCAAACACACACUGCCACCAUCAGUCAAGUCCAGGAAUAAUGUCCUCCGCACGAGUUUGGACUUGUACGCCAACGUGAUGCAUUGCCAGUCCCUCCCUGGAGUCCAAACUCGCCACAAGAACAUUGACAUUAUAAUCAUCAGAGAAAACACAGAGGGGGAAUACAGCAGCCUGGAGCAUGAGAGUGUGUCAGGGGUCGUGGAGUGUCUGAAGAUCAUCACCAGGAACAACUCUCUGAGGAUCGCCGACUACGCCUUCCGUUUGGCCAGGGAGAAAGGUCGCCGCAGGGUCACUGCUGUGCAUAAGGCAAACAUCAUGAAGCUGGGUGACGGCCUCUUCCUGCAGUGUUGCAGAGAGGUGGCCUCAGGUUACCCAGAGAUCACAUUUGACAGCAUGAUUGUGGACAACACCACCAUGCAGCUGGUGUCCAAACCUCAGCAGUUUGAUGUGAUGGUGAUGCCUAAUUUGUACGGGAACGUUGUAAGCAACGUGUGUGCAGGUCUGGUGGGGGGCCCCGGUCUGGUACCUGGAGCCAAUUAUGGUCAGGCCUAUGCUGUCUUUGAAACGGCCACCAGGAACACAGGGAAGAGUAUUGCUGACAAGAACAUUGCAAACCCCACAGCCAUGCUGCUGGCCAGCUGCAUGAUGCUGGACCACCUCCAGCUUUACGAUUAUGCAAGUUUGAUCCGUAAUGCAGUCCUAACGACCAUGAAUGAAACCCGAUUGCACACUGCUGACCUGGGGGGUCAGGGCACCACUUCAGAGGUCGUCCAGUCCAUCAUGAGAAUCAUCCAGAGUAAAGGGCAGCUAAUAUCAGAGUUUUAAACCAAAACCAACGACAGUACACAGUCCACCGUGUCAAGCUUUACUUCACUGACCAGUUUCACUCACUAACCCGUGUUGAAGCUCGUAAUGAAAUGUCAUUUUUUCCCCCUAUUCCCCCAAUGUUACUGAUCUAUGAUGUAUUUUCCAAGGU